GUGAGUGAGGGAUGUCUGAGCAUGGGUCACCGGACGAGACGUGGAAAAAUCCCCUGCCAUCUCUCGUGGACGCCUACGGCUCGCGGUAUGCAAGAAACAGAGCCCUUGACGAGAACGAGGACGAGAACGAAGCCCCCCGUCGAAACUCCUUUCCGGCCGUCUCGAUCGCGCGGUCAAUGAGCCAACAUGGCAUCGGGCGGCCCUUUCAAGACAGAGACAAGGCCAGACUGUUUAUGCAUUAUGUCAAUGAUCUCUCCAUGUGGGUAGACAUCUGCGACGCAAAACGGCACUUCGGGACAGAAGUGCCCAAGCGAGCUUGCCGCUCGCCUCUCCUCGCGUAUUCCAUUAUCGCACUCGCGUCUCAGAGUCUCUGUUGCAUCAAGGGAGCCGACAACUCGGAGCCAUCCACAUACUACAGCCAUGCUCUACAGAUACUCAUCCCAAUGCUGGACAGCUCCCUCGACGCCCAGAACGAAGAGGUGCUUGCGGCGAUUGUGAUACUGAGACAAUACGAAGAGAUGAACGAUACCGACUUCGGCGUCCACCUCUCUGGCAGCUCCAAGCUCCUGAACUCCAUGUUCAGCCUCGCGAGCAAGGGCGGCCUCGGCGAGGCCGCGAGCUGGAUCGUCCUGCGGCAGGACUACUGGGUCGCCCUCGUCAAGUCCCAGCCGCUGAGCAUCAACCUCGACAGCUACAGGGGGUCGAGCUCCUUUGUCCGCUCGGAACCCGAGUGCCUCGCCAACCGCGCCGUCUUCCUGUGCGCCGAGGCGUGCGCCUACGCGUUCCAGCCGACCGCCGUGAGGGACCUGGACAGGUGGAACACGCUGAACCGGGAACUGGGUAGCUGGCUCGUGUCGAACCCCUGGCACGCGGAUCCCCUCUGGGUCGAGGCGCCUCAUCGGAUCAGCGCCAACGGCUCCGCGUUUCCAACGGUCUGGAUGACGCACCCGGCGCAUGUGGUGGGAUAUCAACAUUAUAGUCUUGCUCGCAUGGUCCUCCAUAUCUUCAACCCGUAUUUAAGCAAGCCCAGUCUUGACACAUUCAAAAGAAGGAAAGAUUCAGAGGAGGCAGUGCUCGACAACUUCCGCCUCUUGCUCGGCCUCGCCAUCAGCAACCCGACAGUCGUCAACUCGGCCUUCACAGCAGCACAUGCGCUCCGGGCUUGCGGCCUCUACCUCACGGAUCCGAAGGAGCGGAAGGAGAGUCUGGAGUAUCUCGACAAGAUCCACGAGAGGACCGGGUGGCGGACGAAAGACCUUCAGGAGCAACUGGAAAGUCAGUGGUCCAAGGACACCAACAGCAGCGCGUUUGGCUUUCUCUUCGCAGAUUGUUGAGCACAAUGACACGCGAUGAGUCGAAGACGCUUUUUGCUUCCUCUACUUUUUCCAACAUGGCUUCACUCGUCCGGUCUGCCUCGCUGUGAACUGCGUACUCAGCGGCCGCCCGUUCAAGACAUUACCCUUGGCGCAUCAGUAGUGUAUGAGGCGUCGGUCAGCUUCCUGCAAGUCUGCCCAAUCAUAAAAUUGGCCUGUUGCAGGGAUCGUGACAUGGUGGCGGAGCAAGCCACACAUGUCGGCGGUAUGCUGACUGGCCACCGGUAUCACCGUCAUUCGCCAGCCUGGUGUCCUAGGUCUCGAUGAAUAUGAUAUAUUUGCUUCUCCCUUUUGAUGUCAUCAUCUA